UAUUUUUUCGUCUGAUGACAAGUUUUAGGGUUUUGUGAAUACUAACAAAUACUUUGAAAAUUGCAUGCUUGAAUUUUGUCAUCUAAAAUUAGCUUUGACAACUUUUUCAAGGUAUAUUUUAGAAAGUGCACGACGGACGCCGCCAUUUUAACUUUUCUACUAUCAAAAGCAUAGGUCAUUCGUUAUCUAACAUAUCCUGGUGAUAAAUUAUAUGCAGAGGACUACUUUAAAGAUAUAGAUAAUCCAGGUUCUAUACACUUUGACCCCAGAACAAAGUCUGUGAUGGCAGAAACCUCUCAUCUGCAAGAUAAUAUUAAAGAGAAGGUGAAUGCCGUCCGUGAAGUCGUACCUGGGAAAAGUAAUAACGAGAUAAUCCUAGUUUUACAGUUUUAUGAUUAUAACGUAGAGAAGGCUAUACAGGGAUAUGUUGAAGAUGGAGCCAAACAAGCAUUGCAAGAAUGGCAUUACCCAGGGAACAAGGCCCCGAAAAAGAAAAGAAAUAAAAAGAAAAAACCUGCAAAUGACAACUCGUCUCAUGUUAAUGGAGACGUGUCUUCAGCAGAAACCGUUCCAAACGGCAUUGUUGCAAAUGGUUCCAUUGAAUCUGACACAGAGCCAGUAAAGACAAACUCCAUCAGUGAUAUAUCCAGCUCAGUCAGCAGUUUGUCUCUCUCGCCAACUACUUGUACAGUCCCCAGUAUUACUGAAUGUGAUAAAGUCAAUCACGUAACGCCUACCGACACAUCACAGAAUUCUGUAUCGUCUCAGAAACAUGCAAAUGUCAACCAUGUAUGGCCUACUGACACAUCGCAGAAUUCAGUAUCGACUCAGAAACAUGCAAAAGUCAAUCAUGUAUCACCAGGGAAAACUCCACAGAAUUCAAUAACCACUUCACGUCAUGCAGAUAAUUCUGUAUCAUCCUCGAGGACAGCCGAUAAACCAGUAGCAGUAUCAAUUCGUUCUGAUCCGCAUCCGUCAUCGUCAGGACCCAAUCGCAAAAAAUCCCAGUCGCCCAUAGCAACAGGAUCAUCAACUCAACGAAAUAAAUCACAAUCACCUCAAACUGGUGGAAAACCAGGGCAACCAUCUAAUGCAAAAUUAACACAAUCAUCAACGACCAAGAGUCAGCCUCUUGUUAGCACACUGCCAGAAAACAUUUCAUCACAACCCCCAGCCCCUCAGCGACAAACACAUCCACAUUCUAGACCACAUCAUUCAGCAGCUUCUCAUUCUCAUAGGCAGAGAACAGCGAGUGAAAGAAUUUCAGAUGGUCACUCACUGCCCAAACAGAUUCACAAAACUUUAGAGAAAUCAGUUAAAGACUUACACAGACAAACAGUGUCGUUAGAAAGAUUACGUUUGAUACUGGAUGAAGAGAUGGAUAAAAACUACAAACGAAUAAAAUCUGUCUUUGAUGAAAUGAGGACCUGUUUAAAUGACCGAGAGGUUGAACUAAUCCAACAAAUGGACCAAGUCAAAGUUGUGGCAAGUGAUACCUUCCAUAUGAGACAGAAUAGUGCUGUUGACCUUAAAAAGAACAUAGAUAGGGCUGACAGAAUGGACGAUAAACAGAUAGCUCAACUUAGAGCUGAUGUUAAGCAUUUUGUCAGUGAAAGAAAAAUGGAUGAAGAUUUAAGUCGGACAACAAGAUUUUUGUAUGAUUCUGAUUAUCUUAAAAAAGAAAUAUCACAGUUUGGAGAAGUUGUUCCAGUAAAAUGUACAUAUUCUAUUCGCCGUCCAUCUGUCUCUUCUGUGGCCAGUACCGAGGAACCAGUAAAUAUGGAAACCAGUGAAACAACACCUGUCUCUCAUUCAGAAAGUGAGGACGCACAUCCACAUGGACUGGAUCGUAAGGCAACAGAAGAAGUAGCAGAACUACAACAACGACUUAAGAAUUCUCUUCAUGUUCAGGGCUAUGACAAGUCAUCACCAAGACCUAGUAGCAGCCAGGAUAGCAGAGAAAAUCCACAGAACCAACGAAGACAAGACCAGAGACAAUAUGGUGGACCAAGACCACAGUCAGGGCAGAGAGGUCGUGGCUAUGGUUACAGAGGUAGAGGUCGAGGAGAAGGCUACAGGGGCAGAGGUCGUCCUAGAAGUCCAAGGAAAGACUACCCACAAGAAGGAAGGGGAACUAACUCUAAUGUCAAUUCUAGUCUUUAAUUUUUUUUCAGCAACAGUAUUAAACUGCUGAUUACAGAAACAUGUUUAUUGAAAUGAAAAGUUUAUAGAUUCUUGUUAAAAUGUGAUAAAAAAAAAUUGUAAAAAAAUAUAUAUAUUGCACACCUUGUAGUCAAAAUACUGUAAUUUAUUCAUUCUAUUUUUAGAAAUUUAUUGUAGAAAGUUACAGGGUGAAAAUGUUUUUGUUAUAAUUAUUUUUCUGAGUAACAACGAAAUUCCUGACAUUAACAGGAUGAUGUUUAAUGUAUUAAACUGUGGGUUUUUGUUUAGUUGUAGAAUCUAUUAAGAGAUAAAAAUCACAGGAAAUAUUUUUUGUUGCUUAAAAUACUGUGAUCAUCCAUAUAUUUUUUUGUUAAAUUUUCAUUGUUGGUAACUCACAAGUGAUUUGGAUGUUAGGGCUAUUCCAUUUAAAUGUAUGUGGGAGGGUAGGAAGGGACUUUCAAAAUAUACCUGCAACCAAGAACCAUUUUUUAGAUAAUAUUGCAUAAUGGUAAUAGACGCAUACUGAAAAAAGACCCAUGACCCACAUUCAAUAAUUAAACUUCCCUUCCUACCCUCCCACAUACAUUUUAAUGGAAUAGCCCUUUCUCACUUUUAAAUACAAUGUUUUCUUUCUUCUGCUUAUCAUAGAUCCAUCCAUGAUCAAUUUAGAGGGCCAAUUAAAUAUCUUGAAAAUAAGAUUUAUGUCAGGCUUAACUUUCAUUUAAAGUUUGAUAUUUAGGGUAGGAGGAAAAAUUAAGAUGUGCUAGAGGUUAAAUAUGAACUAAUGCUAGGAGGUUAAAUCUGAACUAGUGCUAGGAGGUUAAAUUUAAACUUAUGCUAGAAGGUUAAAUUAAAACUUGUGCUAGGAGGUUAAAUUUGAACUAGUGCUAGGAGGGUAAAUUUAAACUAGUGCUAAGAGGUUAAAUUUGAACUAGUGCUAAGAAGUUAAAUUUGAACUAGUGCUAGGAGGUUAAAUGUAAACUAGUGCCUCUGCGAACUUCAAAAUAUUUACUGUCUCUUGAAGUCUUAAAUUUAAGUUAAAAAAAAAUGUCCUUUUGAAAUUUUAAAAGUUGAGUUACUACGGUUACUCACUACAGGAUUUUCAAGUUUAUUGAUAAAGUGAGACGUGCAUUAACUGAUUGUUACUGACAUCAUACAUUUACAUCUAUAUUUUAUAUUCACUUCUCAAUGUUGCCAUUAUCAUUAUUAUUUCAGUCCUGUAUAUUCUUCUGUCCUCAAUACUCUUCUGUCCUCGAGGAGUUAGAGGUAGAAUGUUUAAUAAUUUAAUAUGCAGGUUUCCUUCUCAUCUGUUUUUUUUGUUUGUUUUAGAAUCCACAAAUUGACUGUUAGAUGCACUUCACUCAUUUCCUGGAAAUAAGAGACAAUGAAGCUUAUGCAAAUUUUAUGUUAAUCAGAAUUGCAAACGAAAAAACUUCCAAACUGACAAAAUACCUGUUUAUGGCAUUUGAAUUUAGUGUGUCCGAAACACUUUCUGAAUUAAUUUUCAUCAAGAACUCUCAAUUCCAAAAAUUUGAAAGCUAAGUUUAUACAAAUACAUGAGAAGCCUAAAGGGAAUAGCUAAAUCCACCUAAGGUCAUCUUUGCCUGAGGGAGAUAAAAACCUUAGUUUCUGAAUAAUUUCGGAAUUUAUGAACAGAGAAACUAAGAAAAAUUUGAUCAUGUCAGUACAGAAGCACUUACUACUGAGUUGAAUAAGGCCAAACUCUUUUUUUUUUAAUUUGUAUUUAUAAAAUGGUUGUACAUCUAAACUGUUGUUUACUUUCCGAGUCUUGAUUUGCUCAAAAAAGGUUCAUAAUCUCAGUGCUGACUAUGGCAUAUUAUUGCAUCAUUUUAAUGUUUUAUUAGUGCUAUAAAUAAAUGAAAAGGGAAAAAGAAUCCCUAUAGAAAAUUAAGCAAAGCGCACAAGACAUAUCCUCAAGAUUUUCAAUGCUUCAAUUUUAAGAUCAUAUUUUCUUUAUUUAUUUUCUUUUUUUCCCCCUCUCAAAGUCAUAACUUUUAUUGUUUUUCAAGAAGCAUGUUAAAUAAAACCCAGGCAUAUUUAGAAUUUCAAACUGAUUGUCUCCCCUUUUAUUUUUCAUGACACCUUAUUUUUAGCAUGAUAUUGUAUUUAUUUAGAUGCUUGAAUAUAUGAAUGUUAAUCUUUUAAUCAGGUAUUACCUAUCUAGUCUAUAUGUUGAAGCAGUUUUCCUUGAUUAUUUCAUUUGGUACAAAAGGGUCUGGAUGGGGUUUACAGAAUUAAGAAUAAUGGGCUAAAAGUGCAGAAUAAAAGGGCGCAAAAUAUAAAGAAUAGAGAAAAAUAGGCCAAAAAAUUAUGAUAAGAGAAUAUCAAAUAGGAUGCUGAAAUAUAAAGAAUAGAGAAAUGAAGGACCCCCAUCAAGACCCUCGUACAGGCUUGCUUAAAUUAUACCUGUUGCUUUGUAUAAAAGUACUAAGAUUUUGUCUGUAUUUGAUUUGUUAUAUAGAUUUCUAUUGGUCCUUUUUAAAUGUCAACUGUAUUUUCAUUGGCUUGUUUAAAUUCUACUUGUCUCUUUGUGUAAACAAUAUUUUCCUA